AUGUUGGGCCAGGCUAUACGACGAUUCACAACCUCUGCGGUUCGCUCAUCGCAUUACGGCGAGGGACCAGGACAGGUAAUUUCCUCAAAAAAUAAAUGUUACAAAGAUUAGUUAAAUAAAGCCGCUGUCCCAUAACUAAGCCUACUACGGGCCUUAGCCUGCUUGUGUAGGUCACAAGCUAGGUAACCUUAAUCUGCAAGUUUUUCGUUUGAAAACAAAGUCAAGUGCUAGCUAGUUAUGAAACAUAUCGAGAUAAACACCAAUGUCUAACGUAUUGUAGUCAAGUUCGUUGUCUAUUUGACUCCUGCGUGGGGUUUCUACUUGCCGUAACGUUGGGUGGUAGCUAGAUAACGUUGCAUAGCCAUCUAGCUAGCAAACGCUUGCAGUUGUUAGCUAGCUAAAUUAGUCAGUUAACUAAUUUAGGCUAGCUAACUCUUUAAAUGUUUCUAGCUAGUCCUGGAUUGUCAGAAUAUACUGAAUAAAACGUCUUCAUAUCGUCAGCAUUUAGCUAACUGUUAUCUAUGUAAUUGUAACUGUAGCUAGGGUAACGUUAGUUCGUUGGCGUCACGUCAGUUAUCAGAGGUGAGUUGUUAAAUGAUUAGCUAGAUGGUUAACUUAGCUAGCUAACGUUAGCAAAUUAGUUGGCUACUGUUAGCUAACGUUACUUAUAUAAAUGAAUGAGGGUUGCAUGUACAACCUUGACAUGGCGAGCUUCAUAAACAUGAUUAUCAGGGCUAUCGAGGUAGUUAGCUACAUUAUUGGUUAAAUCGUCUACUUGUACGAUUAAACUGAGACUGAGCAAAGAUGUAACGACUGCAGCCUAUGCUAUGUCGAAAAUAUAAGACAACGUCGUCACAAAUCUGGGACCAGAGUCCCAUUGUUGCAAAGAGUUUUAGAACGGGCUUGGAAGCUCUAACCCUGCCAAUUGACUGGGAAACCCAAGGGUACACUCGCAAUGGCUGCCUGGUAUUGUGAUAAAAUAAUUUCCAUGAUAUUUCCGAAUGUUCUGUCAACUGAUGCUGGAUUACCAUUGUAAUGUAGAAUGUUCAUUGAAAUUAUGCUAGCUGAUGUGGCUCAUGCAAUUGAUUGUAUUUUUUGUAAAGUCAGUUGAGUUUACUAAAAAAAUCACAGCACAGAUUGAAGGGUACACUUCCUGCUUUUAGUCCUGGCAUGGGUGCACUCAAUGGCUGCCAAUCCACCCAUUAUGCCAUAAUUGACUUGAAUGGAGACGCCCUUUCUAUUAAUUCUUAUUUCUAUGGUCUUAACCUUUGUCGUCUUCAACCUAGACUGCAGCUAGCCAGCUAACGGUUAGUGCUAUCCGGGAUCCUUGGAACGUCCCUACCACUAAAGCCAAACCAUAAAACCUAACCCUUACUCAUGAAAAUGUUAAACUUCAAUGGUGUAGGAUCCCAAAUAGCAAGUACCGCCAACUAACGUUACUUUCAAAGUCUUGCAUUGAGUUCCAAUUGUACUGGUUGACACUGAUUGUCCUCAAGCUGAUGUUGGCUGCAGUCCAACUUAGACGGACAUAACCUUGUCCAUGUCACAUUGAACUGUGAUAAGCUCAUUACAUGGUCAGCUCUCUCUAAACACUGAUGUCUUCGUGUUUAUGUUUGAUAGAACCUGCCAUUCUCAGUGGAGAACAAGUGGCGUCUGCUGGCAAUGAUGGUGGUGUUUUUCGGCAGUGGCUUCGCCUUCCCCUUCAUUGUUGUCAGACACCAGCUCCUGAAGAAGUGA